AACUCAAAACACUACACGAGAGAAUACGAGUUUGAAGCUGUAAACUAAAACCUGUAUCUACUACUUUCCGCUUCACUCUCGGAUUACAGCGACGGUUGUAAUCAUGGAUACUUCGGUCUAGGUAACCUUCCUCGAAGCGAAGUUACCGAAUAUCAGUCCUCGGCAGGUAGAGGAAGAGGGACGGUGAGCCCGGUGACAGGUACAAAGUGUAAAUGUGCUGAAAAGGCGUUUUAAUAAGUAGACCAUCAGUGACACGACGACAGACCAGACUCGCCACGCUGUCACUCUGAACUUGGCGACUGUGUAAGUUAAUGUCAAGAUGAGUUCAGAAGAGCAAAAUGGAGUGGUGUCUCCAAAGAUGACAUCACCCAUGUCCACCUCACCAACCAUGACAUCAUUCCCUCAAAGGAAAGAGAGUAACUCCUCAGGUGAAGACAACAGACAGGACAACUGGGAGUUGGUUGAGGACUUACGGGCCUUGACAGGAAAUAUUCAGAAGCAGGAGGGCUUGCUGUUGAAAAAGAGGAAGUGGCCAAUGAAAGGCUGGCAUAAAAGAUAUUUCGUGCUUGAAAGGGGUAUCCUUACUUAUGCCAAAACAGGGACUGAUUUGAAAAAGGGGAGGUUACGAGGUCGCAUUGAUGUUGGUCUCUCUGUCAUGGCCAUGAAGAAAAAGUCAAUGUGCAUUGACUUGGACACAGAGGAGAGUAUCUAUCACCUCAAGGUGAAAUCUCAAGAUCUGUUUGAACAGUGGGUAACGCAGCUUCGUCAUCAUCGAACGUUCCGUCAGAACGAGAUCGCAAUGGAGCCACACGAGCAACAGCUGCAAUCUGAUCACACCUCCAUCACAAGACGCUCCAUUGUCUUCAAGCAGCCUUCAGCCCUACUAAGGAACAGCUGGCGCCAAAACUCAAAAGACAUGGAGAAGUGCAGUAAAGAUCUGACAGAGUGCGAGUCCUCCUUGCUGGAAUUAAAUCUGCUGCUAAAAAAUAUGGAAGUUCUGCACAGAGCGUUCUCAGCACCUGCCAUCAACUCACUACAGACCGAAGGCUCCAAAAAAGAGAAUCGAGGACACCGAAAAUGGCGAUCCAAGAAACAUAACAAGGAUUCUAAGAUCACGAUGCAGAUUCCUGACACUUCAUCUUCUCGCCUGCAUGUGUCACAUCCAAACCUGGUGUAUUCAGAGCCAGUUUCUCCAGAGCUGUGCCUGGAAAGUCCAGACUCACCCACAGAAGCCUCGCGAAUGCAGGAGGAGUUCUGUAGGCUUGCUGGCACUGUUAAUUCCACUCUUCGGUCAGCGUACACAUCUCUUUUGGCAGAGAGAGACCGAGUCAGAAAUACAUUGGAAAGUAUCAGUGAGAAGGAUGUCUUUGAUGGGCCACGGCCACUACUACAGCAAGUGUCCAGUGAGAGUCGAGGGUCAAUCCCAGAGUCCCUUCAAUCCUCAGAGUUCUUCGAUGCUAAAGAGUAUCUGCUGUCUGGCAGCUCGUCUGAGAAUGAGGUGUCGGAUGAUGACUCGUACAUCAGUGAUGUCAGUGACAGCACAUCAGUGGAGUUUUGCAGAAAUGAGACUGGCAGCGUGCACAAGAUAUUAGGCAACAGCAAUGGUAACGAGAGUACUGUGACACGGCGAGAACGGUUGCCGAGUUCACGUAUGAACGAGACUGUGAAUCUGUGGAGUAUUCUGCGCAGUAACAUUGGUAAAGACCUAUCGAAAGUGGCCAUGCCUGUCCAACUCAAUGAGCCAAUCAACACCCUGCAGAGACUAUGUGAGGAAAAUGAAUACUGCCACCUGCUGGACACUGCUGCAAACACACCUGACCCACACAUGCGCAUGGUGUAUAUAGCAGCAUUUGCUGUGUCUGCAUAUGCAUGUUCGUUCACUAGAGCUGGAGGAAAACCCUUUAACCCUAUACUAGGAGAAACAUACGAGUGUGUCCGACCAGAUAAAGGCUUCCGCUUCAUUUCUGAACAGGUCAGUCACCACCCACCUGUGUCUGCUUGUCAUUGCGAGUCCAAGAACUUCACCCUUUGGCAAGAUAUGCGAUGGAAGAAUAAGUUUUGGGGGAAAUCUAUGGAGAUUGUUCCCAUGGGAAUCACCCACUUAGAGUUGCCAGGUUUUGGGGAUCAUUAUGAAUGGAGUAAGGUCACUUCCUGCAUUCAUAACAUUCUGAGUGGCCAGCGCUGGAUAGAGCACUAUGGGGAAAUGUCAGUCAAGCACACUACCACCAAGGGAGAUGUCAGUCAUUGCAAAGUCAAUUUCUUUAAGUCAAGAUCUGGAGGUGUCAGUGCUAAUGAGGUGGAGGGUGUGGUCACAGACUCAAAAGGGCGUGUCAUUCACUCACUGUUUGGCAAAUGGAAUGAGGCCUUGUACUUGGGGAAACCGCCCUCAGCCACCUGCAUUUGGAGAGCAAAUCCCAUGCCUGAGGACUAUGAGGAGUACUAUGGGUUCACCCAGUUUGCAAUUGAGUUGAAUGAAUUGGAGGAGAGUCUUAGACUCAUCUUACCCCCAACGGACACACGCUUUAGACCAGACCAAAGAUUACUGGAAGAGGGUGAUAUUGCUGGAGCUGAAGAACAUAAAGAAAGGAUUGAAGUGCUUCAAAGAGAGAGGAGAAGAGUCCUACAAGAAAACAACAUGACACACUCGCCGCGAUUCUUCAAGCGUUCUGAAGACGACUCAUGGGUGAGCAAUGGUACAUACUGGGAGCUCAGGAAGGACCCUGGAUUCAGCAAACUGAAUUUCACAAUGCUUUGGUGACCACCAAUGGAUUUGUUUCAUUGGCUUUUAAGUUUCUGCUCUGGCUGUAUGGAACCCUGCUAUUUUGUUAUACAAAAUCCUUAAAUCCCAAUUCGCAAUAUAGACUUUUAAUGCCCGACGGUGCCAUGGUCCUCUUGAUAAACAUAUUUAUACCUUACUUAGCAAACUGCCUUGCUGCUGUCAAGAUUUAAAUGCACUGAUAAAUGACUCUUGUCAUUUAGUGCCUGGCUAUAUUUAGUUUAUACAGUUGUGCUCAAAAGUUUGCAUACCCUGGCAAAAACAAAUAUAUUUUGGCAUUGAUUUUAAAAAUAUGACUGAUCAUGCAAAAAACUGUCUUUUAUUUAAGGAUAGUGAUCAUAUGAAGCCAUUUAUUAUCACAUAGUUGUUUGGCUCCUUUUUAAAUCAUAAUGAUAACAGAAAUCACCCAAAUGGCCCUGAUCAAAAGUUUACAUACCCUUGAAUGUUUGGCCUUGUUACAGACACACAAGGUGACACACACAGGUUUAAAUGGCAAUUAAAGGUUAAUUUCCCACACCUGUGGCUUUUUAAAUUGCAAUUAGUGCCUGUGUAUAAAUAGUCAAUGAGUUUGUUAGCUCUCACGUGGAUGCACUGAGCAGGCUAGAUACUGAGCCAUGGGAAGCAGAAAAGAACUGUCAAAAGACCUGCGUAACAAGGUAAUGGAACUUUAUAAAGAUGGAAAAGGAUAUAAAAAGAUAUCCAAAGCCUUGAAAAUGCCAGAAGAUAUCAGUACUUUUCAAUCACUUAUUAAGAAGUGGAAAAUUUGGGGAUCUCUUGAUACCAAGCCAAGGUCAGGUAGACCAAGAAAGAUUUCAGCCACAACUGCCAGAAGAAUUGUUCGGGAUACAAAAAAACCCACAGGUAACCUCAGGAGAAAUACGGGCUGCUCUGGAAAAAGACGGUGUGGUUGUUUCAAGGAGCACAAUACGACGAUACUUGAACAAAAAUGAGCUGCAUGGUCGAGUUGCAAGAAAGAAGCCUUUACUGCGCCAAUGCCACAAAAAAGCCCGGUUACAAUAUGGCUGACAGCACCUUGACACGCCUCACAGCUUAUGGCACACUGUAAUUUGGAGUGACGAGACCAAAAUAGAGCUUUAUGGUCACAACCGUAAGUGCUAUGUUUGGAGAGGGGUCAACAAGGCCUAUAGUGAAAAGACCACUGUGAAGCAUGGUGGUGGCUCACUGAUGUUUUGGGGGUGUGUGAGCUCUAAAGGCACAGCGAAUCUUGUGAAUAUUGAUGGCAAGAUGAAUGCAGCAUGUUAUCAGAAAAUACUGGCAGACAAUUUGCAUUCUUCUGCACGAAAGCGGCGCAUGGGACACUCUUGGACUUUCCAGCACGACAAUGACCCUAAGCUUAAGGCCAAGUUGACCCUCCAGUGGUUACAGCAGAAAAAGGUGAAGGUUCUGGAGUGGCCAUCACAGUCUUCUGACCUUAAUAUCAUCAAGUCACUCUGGGGAGAUCUCAAAUGUGUGGUUCAUGCAAGACCACCAAAGACUUUGCAUGACCUGGAGGCAUUUUGCCAAGACGAAUGGGCAGCUAUACCACCUGCAAGAAUUUAGGGCCUCAUAGACAGCUAUUACAAAAGACUGCAUGCUGUCAUUGAUGCUAAAGGGGGCAAUACACAGUAUUAAGAACUAAGGGUAUGCAGACUUUUGAACAGGGGUCAUUUCAUUUUUUUCUUUGUUGCCAUGUUUUGUUUUAUGAUUGUGCCAUUCUGUUAUAACCUACAGUUGAAUAUGAAUCCCAUAAGAAAUAAAAUAAAUGUGUUUUGCCUGCUCACUCAUGUUUUCUUUAAAAAUGGUACAUAUAUUACUAAUUCUCCAAGGGUAUGCAAACUUUUGAGCACAACUGUAUAUAUUCAAUAAGCAAAGUAUGAAAAAUCAAUUUAAUCAUUUAAAUCAAUGAAUUAAUAUUAAGACUAAAAUGCAGUGGUGUAAACUUUAAGAACAAACACUUAAUUGAUAGCUCCAGAGGGUUAAUCUCAUGAAACUUGUCAAUAAUAUGUCAUAUUUCACCCCAAAAUAAAUAAUUUGUUUAAAGAAAAUCAAGCCUAUUUUUAGGACCAAGAAAAACCUCAUUCUCAUUACUGUAAUGUAAAACAUUAAUGGAUGUUUUUUCAUUUUUUUUUUUUCAUUUUUUUUUUUUUAGUUAAAUUAUUUAUACAGAAAGUUUAUGUUUAAGAAGUUUAUGCUUAUGUUUAAGAAGAGUAUAUUGCCAUUAAUUAUGCUAUGCUGAUUCAUAUAAAAAAAUCAUAUAUCCAAAACAACUUUUUCAUCAUAAUAAUUUAGAUAUUUAAUUAUUAUGAUCCCAAAAAUCUUAAUGGCCCUAAAAAUAGACUAAAUGUUCUUAAAAAAAAUUAUUUUUAUUUUGGGGCGAAAUAUGACCUAAACUGAAUGUUUUUGUGAGAUUCACUUCAAAAGAGCUUUUACUCUAUUAAAAGUUUGAAAGCUACACUUAGAAAUACUGAGUGACUCAAACUAUCCACUUCGAUAUUAUCAGGGUAUAAUUUAGAAAUAAAGAUUAAUCUGUACAUUUUCUUGCACAUUCUGCUCUGAUGAUUAUGUAAUCUUCAUUGAAAGGACAUUAUGUAAAAUAUAUGUUAAAAAGAAAUAUUGUUUAAAUUCAUUUUUUGAUUGUAUACUCAAUAUUAAUCUUGUGUUGUGUACAUGCCUGGGCUACUUUUUUGUGUUUAUGUAUGAAACUGAGAGAGCAAUAGUCUAUAUGUGCUCAUGUGGUAUGCCUGUUACACUUGAUAACUGUUGUCCUGUUUCUGUGAGGUGUGGGUGUGGGUGUGGUGUUUUAGAUGUGAUAAACAACUUUUUUAUUCUUUAGGCCAUGACAUACUUACAAAGACUUUAAACAGAUCUGGAACUGCUUUCAGAGGUUUAGGAAUGGAUUGCAUAAGUGUAUGACAACUGACCACAUGUUUGCUUUGUGCAGUAAAUGCAAUGAGCAUCCAAGGAGCUUUCCCUGUUUUAAUUAAAGUGAUGCUUGUGGAUAUUCUCCUAUUGCUUAA